AUGGCGUACUCAAACGCGCACGCUCCAUCGGCACCGGAGCUUCCGGAAUCGUUCGGUCACCAGCUCAACGAGGAAGGUAGAUACAGUUACGCGUAUCCACAUGGCGCUUCGGGUCAAUCAAAUCAGAAAUUCGGAUCCUCCGGGAUGUUUCCGCCGGAAACGCAUCCGGAUAUCGUGAGGAGCUUCGAGUCGGCGGAUAGAGACCGGAGCGGAUUUCUCGAUGAGUCGGAGCUCCGGCAGGCGUUGUCGUUUUCUGGUUACGAUGGAAUCAGUCACAGAACGAUUAGGGUUCUCGUUUUCAUCUACAAGAGUCCUGCAGAUUCUCUGCUACGCCUCGGUCCUAAGGAGUAUGUUGAGUUGUGGAAUUGCCUUGCUCAAUGGCGUGCAAAAUUUGAUCGGCACGAUAGAGAUAAGAGCGGAACGAUGAGUUCCUUAGAGCUCAGAGACGCUUUCUAUCAGCUCGGUUACAUGAUUCCAUCCUCGGUUCUUCAGCUUAUCAUAUCAAACUUUGAUGAUGGGACUGGCAAAACUGUUGACCUCUGUUUCGAUACAUUCCUCGAAUGUGGGAUGAUUGUCAAGGGAUUGACUGAGAAGUUCAAAGAGAAGGACCCUGGUUACACAGGCUACGCAACGCUCUCUUACGAUGUCUUCAUGUCGAUGGUCAUUCCGUUCGUUGCCUCUUAUGAUUAA